AUGGCGACCAUCCAAUCUGCCGCACUCAAUCUUGCACCAGCUACAAGAUUUACACCAUUUGUGGGUACUUCUCCUCUGGGUUCUUCCAGUUCUGUAUUCUUCAAUAACAAUAUCAAAGGCCGUGCCAAUCUGAGCCUGGUUCUUGUUGGGUCGAGAAGAGUUAGCAGGAAUCAGAAAAAGGGGCUGUCUUGUAACUGUUUGUUCGGGCUUGGGGUGCCGGAGCUGGUGGUCAUUGCUGGGGUGGCUGCGCUUGUUUUCGGGCCCAAGCAGCUGCCGGAAGUUGGCCGCAGUAUUGGCAAGACUGUCAAGAGCUUCCAACAGGCAGCAAAAGAAUUUGAAACAGAACUGAAGAAGGAUAACGAUUCUCCCAUGGAGUCACCUGCUGAAAAUAUCACAACAGCGAGUGAAGAAGAGAAGCAAGAGGCCAAAGUGUCGAGCAUGGAGAAUUCUUAA